AUGGAAUGCGGUGAACUCGGAGAUCCCAAAUGGCAAAAGACCGUCGGCAGUAUCGGGCGGUUUCCCCCAUUUCACGACAAGUUGAAGACCGCUUUGCUUCAGCUUAAUCGAGACGUUACACAGCUCUCAUCAGAAGACCUCGACUUCCAUCGCAACUCGAGCCAAGAAUUUUCCGAGUCGCUCGAUGAAGAGAAUCAGCGCGUCAUUGCGCUUACCUCUGCAGUGAUCAAAGCUGCUACUAUCGGCACCGACAAGCCCGCUCCAACCCUGCGAGAUGAAGAUUCUAUCGAUGAUAACUGGCGCGACGUGGUGGACGUGAUCGAUCUGCUUUUGGAGAAGGCAGACGCCUGCCUGGAUGAGUUCACCGGUGUGAUCAAGAAGCUGAGCCCGUCUCAGGAGGAGCAAGCUCAAGCACCUGUGGUCAAGAAGGCACCUGCUUUCCCUAACAUCUACGACUACGGCCCAUCCAAAAUCCCUAAACCACAAUUGGAGUUUGAGCGCAAACCCGACAGUACGGAUAUGAGCCCGUUCAAGCCCCUCCUCAAGUCCAAGCCUCAUGCGAUUGUACCCUUGGACGAGUGCCUGAAGAUGAAGAAGAUCGACGGCGCACAAGGCUACCCUCAUCCGUAUGAAACAGAGAUCCGCGAGUCUCAAUACCCGAACUCAGUCUACGAGGUCUCUCCGCCUGUCGACUAUCUGCCUUUCGAGAGCACGACCGCUACUUUCGUUGAUACUUUGGAUGGAGUCAAGGAAAUGCUAAAGGAGCUCAAGAAGGCAAAGGAAAUUGCCGUCGAUUUGGAGCAUCACGAUGUUCACUCAUACCACGGUCUUGUCUCUUUGAUGCAGAUCAGUACUCGGGAGAAGGACUGGGUGGUGGACACUUUGAAACCCUGGAGAGAAGAGCUACAAAUGCUGAACGAGGUUUUCACGGAUCCAAAGAUCUUGAAGGUCCUGCAUGGUUCCACUAUGGAUAUCAUUUGGUUGCAGCGUGACCUCGGCCUUUACAUGGUUGGCAUGUUCGACACUUUCCAUGCCGCAUCUGCGUUGGGUUUCCCCAAGCGGAGCUUGAAAUUCUUGCUCAACAAGUUCGUCAACUUCGAAGCCGACAAACGCUAUCAGACUGCCGAUUGGCGCGCUCGCCCUCUCCCGACUGGCAUGUUCGACUAUGCCAGGUCUGAUACCCAUUAUCUGCUUUACAUUUACGACUGUCUGCGAAACGACCUCAUUGCGAAUUCCACCGAAGAAGCGAGCCACAUCGAUUAUGUCAACGAAGGCUCCAAGAAGGAAGCUUUACAACGUUACGAACGUCCUGUUUACGAUGCCGUGAAUGGUCAUGGCCCAGGAGGCUGGUACGAUCUUCUCUGGCGCAACUCGGGAAAUCUUUCCAAGGAACAAUUUGCUGUCUUCAAGGCAGCCCACCAGUUCCGUGACCAAGUCGCGCGUGCUGAAGACGAGGGCUGGCAGUGUGUCUUCCCCAAGCACAUGCUGUUCAAGCUUGCCCAGACCAUGCCGCUCGACUUGGGAACCCUAUUCCGAACCUUAUCGCCGAUGACUCCCAUCACAAAAGAACGGGCAUCAGACCUUUUGGAUCUCAUCAAGCAGGCCAAGGUUGACAGUAUCAACGGUCCCGACUGGCUUGACAUCGCGCCCCCGAAGCAUAUUGCCAAGGUCGUCGAAGCCGUUCAAGCUCGGGAUCCCAACGCUCCUGUCGCUGGACGGUACGAGACUUCCCAGUUCUGGGGCGAUGUUUUAGAAGCCAAAGAACCAGCUCUGCCUGUGGAAUACACCCUUGCCGCUGGUGCUGAGGCUCUACGUCUUUCACUCCCCUUACCACCCGUGCCAACCACCAUUUCCGAACCCCGUGAACACAAGGACACAGCGACCAAGCCUGUCGCUGAAACUCCUCCCGCUCCUGCUCCCCAGCAGCCAGAGGAAAAGAAGUAUUUCACCGUCAAGGACCUUGGCGGUCCCCGCAAACGCAAGGUCACUCCCAUCGACAAUCCCGAGCAAGCGCUGUCCACAACCGCCGACCUGGACGACCCAAGCAACGGCAACGAUUUCAUCCAGUUGGAAACCAAGAAGUCUCGUAGGGAGGAGAAGAAGGAAAAGAAGGAAAGAAAAGCGGAGAAGAAGGCCGCCAGAAGGGCCGAGGCUGAAGCCGAAGCUCCCUUUGAUUACGGUGCCGCCGAAGCCGUUCUCAAUGCGCCUUCAGCUGCUACAGCCACCCACUCCCGCAAGAAGAUCCAUAACCCAUACGCCAAGGCCAUGGAAGCCCCCUCGGGUGCCCGGAAAAUCAAGCGCGACGAGACUGGCAAGUCUCUCACGUUCCGCCAAUAG